GUUCUGUUUUAUCUCAUACUUUUCUGUGGUAGUGUGGAGUAGACUGGAGUGUUAGUGGUGUUUAAGUCAUGCUCUGUCCAAACACUGUAAAAAUGAAGAUACUUCUGAUAUUCAUGAUUCUAUCAUACGUGAAGGACAUCAGGGCUCAGAUUAAGCAUGUGGACAUUCAGUUAAGUGGAUGUACUGAAUCAGAUAAAGAGUUUGUGAUGGAACAAGAUGAAGAUGAAAUAUUUCACUCAGAUUUUAAAAAACAAGGUCUGGUGAUGAAGUUACCUGACUUUGCAGACCCUAUAAAUUGGCCUACUGCAUAUGAAUACAGUGUCUCAGAACAAGAAAUCUGCAAACACAACCUCGAUCUAGCAGUGAGUGUAUACAAAAACCCUCCAGAGGCUCUCGACGUCCCACAAAAUUCCAUCUAUUCUAAAAGUAAUGUGGAACUGGGAGCACAGAACACACUCAUCUGUCACUCAAUGCGUUUCUUCCCUCCUCCUGUCCGCAUCCACUGGACCAGAAAUGGAGAAGAUGUGACAGAGAGCUCCACACUCAGUCAGUUCUACCCUAAUGAAGACAACACCUACAACCAGUUCUCCCACCUGACCUUCACUCCUCAACAAGGAGAUGUUUACAGCUGCACAGUGGAGCACAAGGCGCUGCAGAUACCUGACACCAUGACAUGGGACGUGGAUGUUAAGCUUCCCAGUGUAGGUCCGGCUGUGUUUUGUGGAGUGGGUCUGGCUGUGGGGCUUCUGGGAGUCGCUACUGGAACUUUCUUCCUGGUUAAAGGAAACCAGUGUAACUGAUACUACAGAGUUCAGAAGAACUACAGUCUCAAUAAGUCCUGUAACUUUCCUGAACUGUAUCUAAUAAACUGAUUAAAUAAAUAUUGGUAAAAUAUAA